GUCGUACAGACCGAAGUACAGACUCGGCUAAGGAAGAGUAGAGACCCGUACACGCCGAGGGCGGAGUAGUCAGCAAUACGAAGCGGUCCAGAAGAGACUGCGGAAGGUCUGAUUUCUAAUGCAAAAGACGAUUAAUAAUACGCCGGCGACCUGAUUUUCUGGUCGGCGAAAGCAGCGAUGAAAACGUCGGGGACUGAGGGCAAUAGAAUUCGCGGAGCCGAGGAAGAAGGAAAAGGCGAUGACGUAACUCUAACUCGACGAGAUAAAUUCCCAUCGCUCGUCCAUCAUCGAGCUGGUAUCGCCAUUGAUCCUCUUAUCAGCACUUUUUAACACACACACAUACACACUACACCAUGGCCUACCCAUCUCCGCUCUGCGCGGUCCCCCGCGUACUCAACCCCUCGAUCUCGAUCCUCUCGUGCCCGUUCCGCCGCGCGGGUCUGUUCGAGAUCGGCGGCCGCUGCACGGUCGUCACACUAGAUCCCGCGACACUGGCCGUCAUCGCCCCCGUGCCCUACGACACCGAGUCCGAGACCAUGGUCGCCGGCCGCGAGGUGCGCUACCUGAUUGCGCCGGACUUUGAGCACCACAUGGCGCUCAAGGGGUGGAAGGACAAGUAUCCGUCCGCCAAAGUGAUUGGACCUGCCGGUCUGCGCGCGCGGAAGGAGCCUCAGGGCGUUCACGUCGACUAUGAGAUCACAGAGUCGAACAAGGAGGUGACUGCGAAGGAUCUUGGGAUCGAGGACUCGUUGCUCGAGUCUGCGUUCAAGUUUGUGUAUAUGGCCGGCACGCGCAACAAGGAGAUCGGCAUCCUGCACGUCCCGACCAAGACCUUCAUCGAGGCCGACGUGAUGUUCAACCUGCCCGCGACCGAACAGUACUCCAAGUCAUCGACCAAACCCACCGGCUUCUUCUCGCGACUGUUCAACCGUCUGCAUCCCUACAGCGCAUGGCACAAGCGCAUGAUUGGCGCGGCUUUCGACAAGACCACGGCCGAUGGACUCAAGAUCAUCUACGGCUGGGACUUUGAGACCAUCGUGCCCUGCCAUGGCGAGGUCAUCGAUAAGGACGCAAAGCCGGCGUUCAAGUCGUUGUUUGAGGAUUUCUUGAAGUGAGCGUUUGUAUCUUUAUUCUGUGUUCUAUGUUUUGUUCUAUAAUUUGCUGUACAUUACCUAUCCUAAUCUUAAUCGUGGCUGUUCCAAUGAAUAAUACACUCCCUAUCCAUAUUCCAACACACGCCCAGCCGUACAGAAACAAUCGACUGUCAGUCAAGAGAGUCCCGUGCGUGCAGGCUGGCAAAACCGCCGAGCAUAGGCCGGAUAUCGGAUGACCUGUGCCCGGAGACAGAUGACUGAAAAGGGAAAGACCUGACGUUCACAAGCCACCGCAGUGCUUGCUCAGCAGUUCUGUGUUUAGUAAUCCGGAUAUUGUGUUUGAUUUGAAUUCUAGUCAUUUCGGUGUAAAUUAGCUCAGUUAAACAACAAUAAACCCAGCAAACAAUCAGUCGCUGGCAGAAGAUCCCUCAAAAGCCCUCAGGGACCUAACCGGGCUUUAAAGGCGAGACUGUGGCGCAUUUCGUCAUCUCU